AUGUUUUCGCUUUCGCUAUUAAGUAAGGCUUCAUCGGUCUCGGGGCCAGCACAGCGCAAACCUUCGCGUAGCGCCGCGAGUGCAAGUGAUUUAUCCCGGGCGAGCGUUGUUAUUGCUCGCGGCCGGCUCCCCGGCGCAGACACAACAAAGGCGCGAUUGUUGCACCGCGGCCAACAAUACAGCACGGCGCGGCGCCCGGCGGGGGCAGCGACUCGAUUUAUAGCCACCGGGGCUGCCGACGAAAUAUUGAAAGCUCACGACCACCAGAUGUACCAACGCUUGCAAUUC